CCCUGUUGCUCACACAAACCCUGUUUGGUGGUCUCUUCACACGGACGCGCCUGAAACAGUUUAACAGGGUUUUUCCUGCCCAGUCACAACAAAGUGAUGUUAUGCUGCAGGCUGAAGUUUACAGCUAAUGCUGUUGAAGUCUAAAAUCAGUUUUGGUUUGCUAGAUUUGGGUGAGAUGGCUAAGAUUCUCAGAGAAAUAAGUCAAGUUUGGGGUGCAUUUUUCAGACUUAAAAAUUUAGCAGUAGCCCUUGCAGUUUUUCCAAUAGAAGUGAUUUACGAAUGUUUUCAGGAAAUUUAAAACAACAGUGAGAAGCGUGUAUGGAGAUGUGAACUACACUCCAGACUUGGCUAUAGGAAAGCACGAAUGUUGCUAUUGUAUUGCACCUUGGAAAAGAGAACAAAGGAAUAUUUUCGGACAAUUUUAACAUGUCACAUAUGAAAAGCUAAAUGGAAUCUGUCAACACCUUGUACGUUAUUACAGGCUGUGAUUUUAAAAAAACAAUCCUUACUAAUACAUACAUAGUUGCUGCUAGCGAUAUAGUGUUGGGAGUAAAAACACGAAAAUGAGAGUUCAGGACAAUAUCCCAACUCUGAGCAGAUUUUUUUAAGUAGUAACAUCUAAAAUUAAACCAUAUUAUGUAAUAUUUAUUUCUUUUCCACAGUCUCUUCUCAUGCCUCGUUCACAUUAGCUAAUUAAAAGUCCCCUGAGUAUCAUCAUAACCCGAUUUACAGAUGAAGGCACGGUUGCAAUGAGCUAACAAUCACCCUCUUCUGAAUGAGACAGUACAGUGUGAAGGAUAGCAAAACUCCACUCCCAUCCUCUUAGGGCUCUGGCUGGACCAGCAAAUUAAAUUAAUGUAAAAUGGAUUAACAGGAGAAAGGUAUAUGCAUUUAUUUAACACAGGUUUUACGUGACACAGGUGCUCUCAUAUGGUAAUGAAAGCCCAAAAAAAGCAGUUAGCUACUUAUACAAUGAAUUGGACAAUUAGUAAAAUGUAAAAAUGCGCUAAAGCAAAGGGAUUUAGGCUAGAAUAUAUAACUGUGUAGAGAAGCGCCCAGCAAGGGCUAGUGCAAGGUUUGUACAGAAUUCUCUUGGCCUCAGCCUCCUAUCCUUGAGAAGAAUGUUGCUUUUUUUAAACUACAGGGAGAACAUCUUUCAUAUGAGAAUUUCACCUACUGCUUCUAAGAAACAGGUCAGCUUUCAAGAAAACAUAAGGCCAGAGUAAUCUUUUCACGCCUGCUCUUUUAAGUACCUUUGAAUAGUCAAUAUGUCUUCAAGCACUUGAAAGACUUAAAAAGUUUACCACUCUGGCAUAUUAAUGAAAGCCCUUAAUAUAAGCCCUUAUUAAAAUUCUCAGUCGAGGGUAUAAAUUCAGAUUCAAAUAGUAGUGUCGUAAACGGGAGGGAAAAACUAAAGGGAUUAAAAAGUGAAACUAUUGUGUUCUCCCUCGCAGUCCUUAGCUCACUGCCCCUCGAGGGGCGGAGCAAAGAGUGAGGCAGCAACGCCUCCUUAUCCUCGCUCCCGCUUUCAGUUCUCAAUAAGGUCCGAUGUUCGUGUAUAAAUGCUCGUGGCUUGCUUUGUUUUGGCGUACCUGGUGUUUGUUCUCAGCUGAUUAGACAUGUCUGGUCGCGGCAAAGGCGGUAAAGGUUUGGGUAAGGGAGGUGCCAAGCGUCACCGAAAAGUGCUGCGGGAUAACAUCCAAGGCAUCACCAAGCCGGCCAUUCGGCGCCUUGCUAGGCGUGGUGGGGUUAAGCGAAUUUCCGGUUUGAUUUAUGAAGAGACUCGUGGCGUUCUCAAGGUGUUUCUGGAGAACGUGAUCCGGGACGCCGUGACCUACACGGAGCACGCCAAGCGCAAGACUGUCACUGCCAUGGAUGUGGUUUACGCGCUCAAGCGUCAAGGACGCACUCUGUACGGCUUCGGCGGUUAAUCUUUUCGUCAGUUUUCUUCCAAUGGCCCUUUUCAGGGCCGCCCACUCCCUCUCAGAAAGAGCUGUGAUUGUAUUAUUUCGGAUGGUAACAUCUUAAUGGCUUUACUCGGCUGCUUUGCCUAGUAUGUAGAACUAUUAUAAACCAGUUGGGAGAGACCAGGUUGUUUGGUCUGAGUGGCUGCUAAAGCAGAAAUCAGCUAAGCAAACGAGGUCUCGGAGAUCAGUGAGCUAUAAACUUUAAUGCUAUAGUUUUGACAUGUCAAGCAACUUAACCUGCAGCGCGAGUCCGAUAAAUGAGUAGCUCAGCUUUUUAGUUUUAAAAACUAGUUGUGCGUUAUUUGUACGAGAGCCUAAGAUGCUAGCUGCCUGGAACUGAGUAGGUGGGUUAAAAUGGGUGUCAGGUGUUUUCCCAGGCGUAUCUGACUUAACGUCAGCAAAAGCUGUACUUUUAGCCUCCCUGGUAACACCUGCCGUCCUUAACCGCCCCCUGCCCGUAGCGCCAGAAGCCUUUACUUCCUUUUCUAGUUGAGCUUGGCGUCCUGCUGAGUGACGUCACCUCCCCCUUCCCUGGAGUAGGACUAGCGGUUAAAGCUGCUUUGCUAUUUUCAGUCCUCAGGCUGGAGGCUCCCCUAAGCAGGCUGCCUACGCAGUUCGUAAAUUCCCACUUAGUAGACUAAGGGAGUCUGUUUUAUAAAUAAGGACUCAAAUUUCUUCUGACUCCGAGGUCCGUGGCAGUAGCUAUAAGAUGGAAGCCCCCUCUGAUAUAAGAUUCUUAGAUGACUUGCAUCUUCACUGUACCUGUCAACCCAAUAGUCUUCUAUUCCUGCCUUAAAGUGUAAGUUCCAAAACUGAUUUAAUUGUGAAAGCUUCAAACUGUACGACCUAGGAAGUGUCAAAGUUAGGUGACCAGAUAUUUAGAAGUCAGCCAAAUAUUCAGCAUCUUUGAUUUAGUAACAAAUAUAUUGAUGGCUACUUCAGCAAAAAAAAUCAACUUUGUUUUCUGGUUACUUUGCUAACAAGCUUCUCCUGACAGGAGAAUAUAGUGAAUAGGCAGUUGAAUAAGUGAGUUCGUGUGAGAGGUCUGAGCUGGAGAUAAAAAUGUGGGCGUCAUCAGCAGAUAAAUAAAUGCUGAAACCAGAUGAGAUGGCUAAAAACUGAAACAUAAUGUAGGGCAGCAUUGUUUGUAAUAGUAAAUGAGUGGAAACUGUAAAGUUUUCAUCAGAAAGGACUAGAGUGUGAUCUGUACAUCCAUAAAAUAGAGUAUUUCUCUACACAGCCCUACUAAAGAAUGAGAAAGCUUUACUCCACUACAUACUCUGGUGUACUCUGGCUCAGUUCUUGGACUCCUCUUUUCUUGGCUAACUCAACUGGCCUCACCACUUACAUGCUCUGUGCUCUGUGAAAUAGUUUGUUCAACAGAACACCACGGCCUAGCUGUAAGUGCCACGUUAACUUCUAGCAAUGCCAAAGCCUGUGAUAGUGGCAGCUUCGGGCUGUUUCUCAUUCCCGGGAUGCCUAACCACCUCUCCAAAUUCUAUCAGUUUGCUUCCACCCACUUCAAGCUUCAGAACGAAACAUAGAGCUUAAGAAAAAUAGGCCCGGCACGGUGGCUCACGCCUGUAAUCCCGGCACUUUGGAAAGCUGAGGCUGGUGGAUCACCUGGGGUCAGGGGUUCGAGACCAGCCUGGCCAAUAUUGUGAAACCCCGUCUCUACUAAAAAAAAAAAAAAAAAAAAAAAACAAA